AUGGAACUAGAAGAGGCCUUCUUCACCCUCCCUAUUAACCCCAACAACUUCCCCGCGAAACUCUGGUGCCUUGUGAACAACCCGAAGAAUCGAUCGAUUAAUUGGGAUCACAGUGGUGAGGGUAUCGUAAUCAAUCAGCAAUUAUUUGAAACGGAGCUGCUGUCUCCAGUGAAGCCAGUGAGCGAACCAGUUUUCAAAACCACCAAUUUCACCAGCUUCAUUCGUCAGCUCAACCUUUACGGAUUCCGAAAAGUAGAUCAGGGUCCUGGUAGCUCAGAGAAAUUAGGAGACGGCGAUCUCGUCGUGACGGACGGGGUACAACAGCAAAAACACCGCUUUCAAAAUCCAAAUUUCAAGCGAGACCACCCAGAAUUGCUUGUGAAUUUAAAACGGCUGACUACUAGCAACAAAGCGAAACUUGAAGCAGGACUAGAAGUUAACUGCAGGCCCCCAAGUCGCAUUCAACGACUUCUAUCAAAUGCAUCCGAAGAGGAUAAGGGAAAAAUAGCUAAGCGUGGUAAGUAGAUAAGACUUCUUAGAUUUUCUUAAAAGUACUACAACACUGAUAACGUGUGUACAGGUUCAAUGUUUGUCGGACAGGUACAUCGAGGAUACCCCCGAGAUAACUCAUCCCCCUAUCAGUACCAGCCAAGUAGACCGCAUCCCAUGAAGGGCUAUGACCGGACCCCGAUCCCACAGCGCGGCUGGUUAAUGGGACACAGCGAUUCGUCUUCACCUACGACCUUUUUCACAGACAAGGGGAUCCCAGUGUCAGUCAUUCAGCGUUUUCCUACUGACACAACUUGCUCAGCACAGUCCGGCCCCACUACCAAAAACGUUCAACAGGGUUCACAAGGCAUGGCCGCUCCAGGACAGAAGUAUAACAAUUUCAUCCCCCAUCAUCCACAGUACGCCCCUGGAUUUUAUGCUUCAGCAAUGUGCCAGUGUUGUUCGCCUGGGUCAGUGACUCCUAACAUGACAGGAUGUGCCCAACAAAACCAUUCCUCAUUUUCACAGUACAGUUAUUAUCAGCCAAAUUACCCUAUGGGGUUCUUACACCCUUGUAGCCAAGACUGGCAGGGCAAUGGUAACGAAGAGGCCAAGAAGAAUGAUGUCAACUUGGAAACAGUUUUCCAGAUAGUUGAUGAGCUGCAGGUCUCCCCUAAACCACAGAUGGUCAAAGUGGAAAGCCCUGAGAAGCAAUCUGCUGGUUGA